AGCACCCUGCAAUUUUACCUCGUGAUGCUGCUCUGACUCGGCUCAUCAUCUCUGAUGCUCAUCAGCGUACCAUGCAUGGUGGAACUCAACUCACCCUAGCAUGCACUCGUCAACGAUAUUGGAUCAUCGGUGGACGUCAACCUGUUCGCUCACACAUUCUCAAAUGUCUCGUCUGUGCUCGACAUCGAGGUGUUCGAGCUCAACAAUUAAUGGGACAGCUACCAGCUCAACGUGUCACUCCAUCCCCACCAUUCUCACAUACAGGAGUUGAUUACGCUGGUCCAGUAUCAAUUAAAUCUUGGAAAGGAAGAGGAUCAAAGGUGUACAAAGGCUGGAUCUGUGUGUUCGUCUGCUUGACUACUUCAGCAGUCCAUCUGGAUCUCGUCAGUGAUUAUUCAUCAUCAGGAUUCAUCGCAGCUCUCAGACGAUUCAUCCAUCGUCGAGGUGUCUGCACAUCACUCUACAGCGACUGUGGGACAACGUUUCAAGGCGCAUACUCAGAAAUCAAACGACUCUUCGUCCAAGGAACUCAGGAAUCAAGAGAUCUACUCGAUUGGGCCACAGUACAUCAGAUUACAUGGCAUUUCAAUCCACCAGCAGCUCCUCACAUGGGUGGAAAGUGGGAGGCAGCUGUGAAAUCACUGAAACACCAUCUAACUCGAACCAUUGGAGAAUCAUCAUUCACGUUUGAGGAAUUUACAACUCUUCUGACACAGGUGGAGGCGAUUCUCAACUCACGACCCAUGGAGGCUCUUUCAGAUGACCCUCAGGAUCUAUCAUCACUCACUCCAGGUCAUUUUCUCAUCGGAAGACCACUCAACGCCAUCAUUGAACCUUCACUCAUCGACACGGAUGUCUCAAGGCUAUCCAGAUGGCAGUUCAUUCAACAACGUGUUCAACAUUUUUGGAGACACUGGUCCAACAGCUAUAUCCAACGUCAAUUGGCCCGUACCAAGUGGCACCAGGCUCGCCAUGACAUUCAACUCGGCUCACUAGUCCUGCUCACGGAUGAACGAACUCCUCCAACACAGUGGCCACUAGCCAAGGUAAUUGCUCUGCACCCUGGAAAGGACAAUCUGACCAGAGUGGUAACCAUUCAAACGGUCAAUGCCACUCUCACUCGACCAAUCUCCAAGCUCGCACUCCUGCCACUUGCUCCAGAGCCAGAUGCCUAGGACAUCUCCAAUCGUUUCACCAAUCCAAUGGAUCAAUCAAGGACUCAAUCAGCAACCCUGUUCCUGAUGGCGGGCGGAAUGUUGCGUAAAUACCAAAUGUUCGCGCCAGAACACUUGGUAAAUUCGCACUCUACUGCAUCAGUGGUGCUGCGACUGACGCGCACCCUGAUAACCAACUUUUCA